AUGGCGAAUAUUCUUGUGACUGGCGCGAACCGUGGAAUUGGUUAUGCUAUUGUGCAAACAAUCGCCUCCCGCCUUCCCACGUCCAACAUCAUCCUUGCUUGCAGGAGCACAACCUCUGCUGAGGAAGCCAUCCAAACUCUUCGAAGCAGUGGACUUUCAGCUGGGCUGGACCACGUUGACCUUGAUAUUGACGACAAUGCCUCCAUUGAAGCAGCAGUGGCAGCCGUGGACAAGAAGUACGGGAGUCUAGAUGUUCUCAUCAACAAUGCAGCCAAUGUCGAGUGGCCGGCCUCAGAUAGCUUGACCGACAUUCGUUCUGCGAGUAAUUCUUGCUACAACAAUGUCAUCACAUCCAACGCCAUUGUUACUAAGGCAUUCAGCCAUCUACUGCGAAACAGUGAAUGGCCACGGGUUAUCAUGAUCUCGAGUGCACGAGGGAGCGUAUCACGGACUGCCAACAAAGAGCUUCCACCCGUCGCAAACAUGGACUAUUGCAUUGCCAAAGCGGGGCUCAACAUGCUCACGCUGCAACUGCAACUGGCAGAGGUUAAUAAAGAAGAAGGAUCCAGGAUCACGUACUGGGCGGUUAGUCCUGGCCACUGCAAAACCGCAUUCAAUGGAUACAGGGGGAAGAAAGAUCCCUUAGAGGGCGCCGAGUCAGUCAUCAGGUUGCUCGAGACUAAGAAAGGCGAGAUCGAGGCUGGAACAUUUUGGGAGUAUGAGAACGGUGCAUUUCAACAAGUCCCUUGGAUGGCAAAUGCCAGGUCUAUGAAGAUCCACCUCUAG